UGAGUACACCUCAAUGUUGUGAAUGGGUUAAAGUACUUGCAAUGCUUAAAAGAUAUAUUAUCAGUGAGGGUUUUUCUUAUCAGCUGAUUAGUGAACAUUUCCCCACACUCUUUGAAGAAUGUAUGUAUUUCCAUUCUAAAAAGGAAAUCAUUUACCUCCAUUUAUGCAAAGACAUUAUGGACGUACAUGCAUUUAACAUGAAGCUUAUCUCUAUAAAGAAAGUCACUCGUCUGGUACGGUAACAUACGCUGUUGUCGACUCUGGACCUUCAGGAGGUCUGUGCUGUCACAUGUUCCAAGAAAAACGUAAUGAGUUAACUGGGGUCAACAGGAGUGUCCAGCUCACGUCUGGUCCUUUUACAUUACAGUGAAUCAGCAGAACACUUGCAUAGACCUUAUAUAUUUUUGUAUGUAUUUUUGCUGUAUAAAUCAUUUGGCACGUGGCAAGACCUUGAUGACACCCUUUUGAAAGCCUACAUUGGUUUACUCAUUUUAGCAGGGGUUUACAGGUCAAAGGGCGAGGCAACAGCAAGUCUAUUGAAAGACAUGAUGUUCUGAUUCUUUCAAGUUCCUAAUGUUCUAUUGACCUUUUGGGAAUAGUUUUACUGUAUUCUACCAACCAAAUUUUAUGAUGUUACAAGUAAAUGUUUUAAAGUUUAAAAUUAAAAUAAAUUCAAAAAAAAAAUUCAAAAUGUUCAAAAUUGUGUUUGUUUUUUUCUGGGGUCAAUUUGACCCAGAGGGUAAAAGAUGUAAGUAUGAACGAUAACCAAAACUGCCUCUCCUAUAACAUGUUAUAAAUGACAGAAAUCUGUAUUGAGAGAUGGUAUGAAGGUACUGAAGCAACAAUAACUUUUUUUCCAGUUUCAGAUCAAUUAGUGAGAUUUAAUGGCUAUUUUACUAUUUUCGUAUAGUCAUAGAUUUUUUGGAUACACGGGCGGAGGUGUGUGUGGGGGGGCUGUUAUAUUGGAAGGGCUUUUUUAUGUUAACAACAAAGAAACCUGAAGUACCUGACACAAAAAGUUGAGUAAAAUUUUGAAUUUUCUUGAGAUUUAAAUGUAUGGGGUCAAAAUGAUGUUUGAGAAUAGAUGUUUGAAAAUUUGAGAGUGACAGGAGGGUUAACUUCAAAUGAAUGAUGGAAUAUAAUUUAACCCUCCUCACUUCCUUUUUUCUUUACUUUGGAUGCAUAAUUAAGUCGUAAUUUGUCCUUUGGUUGAACAUAUUCUUUUCAAAUUAUGAAUUAUAUUAUUAAGAAUUAUAUGACACAAUUAAACAUUAAUUGAAAUGAAAUGACCAUUUAGUUUGUCACAAACUUUUUCAAUAAAAACUUAAAUCAAAUUAUGUUUCAUUUUACUGAAUAAUGUUAUAUGACAGAUAGAUUAUAUUCAUUUUGGUCCAUUUCAAUUCAAUCAGCCUAAUCUGCCUGUGACCUUUUAAUAAUAAAUAAUACUCAACCUCCACUGUUGAUGUGCUCUGAGGUAGAGUUCUGUUUAAACAAAGCCCUACAAUACAAAAUAUUUUCUAUAUUGAAUAUAUGUUGUAAAUAUGUUCAUUGACUUGUGGUCGUUCUGCUCUAAAAUUCUCUCAGAAAGUAGUUUUCCUUUGUUUGGAGGGAGAGGAAGAAUUAAGCAGUCCCUCCCAGUUGCAUUACCACCACCUACUGGGUAUAAUUUAGAACUAACAAAUAUUCCUAAUAUCUUUAUUAUUGCGAAAAUAUAAGUUAAUUUAUAUAUAUAUAAAAAACAUCGAAAUAUAUGUAUAUAUUUCGUGGGCUACUGCUUUUAUCAAUACUGCUACGUGAUCUCUGGUGUUUAGAGAAAAGGUAGACUAUCUUUGACUUUUUGACCUUAAGACUUCUAAGACAAUGUUUAACAUUCAUGGCUCCAAAGACAGGAUAGGAAUGGGUGCAUCCCAGUGUUGUGUGUCCAAUAGAGAACUAUAGGAAUAACAGGAUUAAAGAAAUGUGAAAUGUCCUGCACGGCAGGUGUAGGUGCUGUCUUCUGUCUCCUGGAAACCAAUGAUUUAUUUUAACAAAGUUUUGAAUAAUAUGAAUAGGGGGCAGGUGUUAGUUUGGGGUCUGGCUGUUUUGCAAUAACCAGCGUGUGUCUUGGGUUCAGUGCAGCGCGCGGAUCCACAGGCAGAAUGAUCGACUACGAAAGUGCGACCUCCUUCCUCGAUGAGUGGGGAACUUUCCAGCAACAGGUAUUUUUUCUCCUCUGUCUCUCCGUCGUCCCGAAUGGCCUUGCCGGCUUCGCUAUCGUGUUCGUCGGCGACACACCGGCGCACCGCUGCCUCAUCCCCGCACACAUCAACCUCACCGCCGCCUGGAGGAACAGCAGCAUCCCGUUAGAGGAGGAUGGGAGCAGCGGCACCAUGGUGCCCAGCCAAUGCUUCAGAUACAAAAUUGACGAGUUGCUGAGAUUUUCAGAGAGGGGUCUGAUGCCCGGAAUUGAUGUCAAUCUGUCCGAUGUGUCCAGAGAAAGCUGUCUGGACGGAUGGGAGUAUGACCGCAGCGUUUACACGGCUACCAUCACGACUGAGUUUGACCUGGUGUGUGAAAACAGUUGGAAGAAUCCGCUGACCUCCUCUGUCUACUUCUGUGGGAUUCUUGUUGCCUCCUUCCUUUCAGGGCAAAUCUCAGACAGGUACGGGAGGAAAAUAGUGCUGUUUGUCACCCUUGCAGUCCAUAGCCUGUUCAUAUUUCUUCAGGUUUUUGCUAAUUCGUGGGCUGUGUUUUGCGCCUUGCACUUUGUUGUUGGGAUGGGACAGAUCUCCAAUUACGUGUCAGCGUUUGUGUUAGGUACAGAGCUUUUAGGCCCACGUGCACGGACAAUUUUCUCCACCAUUGGAGUGAAUCUCUUCUUUGAUGUAGGAUACAUGCUGCUGCCACUAUGUGCCUACCUGUUGAGAGACUGGAGGAAACUUCUUCUGUGCCUCUCUUUGCCUGGCUUCCUUUGUUUGCCUUUUUGGUGGUUCAUCCCAGAGUCUCCUCGUUGGCUUGUGUCUCAAGGAAGAGUUAAAGAGGCAGAGGCUAUAGUGAGAGAUAUUGCAAAGAGGAACAAAAUCCAUCCACCAGCAGUAAUAUUUCAUUCUUCUGAGAAGGAACCCCCUAAGGAGAGGAAGAAAAGGUUAAACAUCUGCGACCUGUUACGUUCUCGAAAUAUCCGCGGGAUUUCGCUCACGCUGUGGCUGGUCUGGAACAGCCUGACCAUCGCCUACUUUGUACUUUCCCUAAAUACCGCAAACUUAUACGGUGACGUCUACUUCAACUGUUUCCUGUCUGCUUUGGUGGAGUUGCCAGCCUACAUCUUGUCAUGGGUUUUGUUUCGCUGGUGCUCCAGUCGGCUGAGCGUCUCCUCAUCUCUCAUUGCUUGUGGAGUACUGCUGCUCUUCGUUCAGCUGAUACCAGCAAACCUGGUCCUCUUGGCUAUAACACUUGAGAUGAUGGGGAAGUUUGCCGUGUCCACAGCCUACGCCUUUGUGUAUGCAUACACUGCAGAACUGUACCCCACUGUGCUGAGGAACACAGCUAUUGGUGCAUGUUCCACAGCCUCCAGAAUAGGCAGCAUCAUUGCUCCUUAUUUCAUCUACUUAAGGAGAUAUUGGACUUCUCUGCCCUACAUCCUAAUGGGAAGUCUCACAGCUGUGACGGGGUUGCUGAGCCUACUGCUGCCUGAGAGCUUUGGAAGGCCUCUGCCAGACACCAUGGCUCAAAUGCAGCACUUCCCUGGAUGUUGUCAGAAGACUCCGUACACAGUCACAAAAACAGACGAUGAAAAUCCAGAUGAAAGGAACCUUCAAGUCUUGAAUGAAGAAAACAAGAGAGAUCCAGUCUUUCAGCACAUCUCUUCUUAAAUAGCAUUUGUCAAGCACAA